AUGCUGAUAGUGUUCCAGAGUGAGCAAGAUGAUGAAGUAUCGGUAAACGUGGAAGUGGUGGAGCAGAAAGUGUUGGAUCCCAAAAUGUUAGAUGUGGCAACAGUAGCAUGGAUGAUCAUGUUCGGCUCUUCUGCUAAUAAUUUUGUCGACGGGAUGAGUAAUGGUGCUGCUUUUGCCGAUUCAUUCGCCCGCGGUCUUUCCGUUGGAAUUGCUGUUAUUGCGCAGCAGCUGCCACAGGAAAUCGGAACUCUGGCAAUACUAAUCAAAUCCGGUCUUGGAUUCAAAAGGACGCUUUUGAUAAUGGUGUUCCCAAACUCGCUCAGCUAUCUAGGCUUUAUUAUUGGUGUAACGAUAGGUAGUGCUGGUGAUGUUUAUGCGAGUUAUGUGUUCGCCGUAUCAUCCGGCAUGUACCUUUACAUAUUUCUUGGCACUCUGGUACGUUUAGCUUCAUGUUAG